UAUUAUUAUUAUUAUUAUUAUUAAUUAAUUAAUUAAAUCGAGUACUAAAAGUGGAAAUAAAGUAACUAUGUUGUACAAUAACCAUGUGGUCAAUAUGUGAACUGAGUAUUCUGAGCAGAUGAGAAAAAAAUCGAAAGUGCAACGAAUAACUUCACUGUACACUAAUUACAUAAAUGUAGCAUCGCUAAAAUGUUUUAGAAAUUAAUUAAAAUGACAGUAUAUUCCUAUUUAGUUAUAUUAUUUAUUCUUCUUGAUAAUUAUUGUUCCGCAUAUGGAUAUGGUUACUCAUAUUAUCAUCGUAGACAUUUUGAUCCGGCUAUUGCUUCAUUUACAAAGGAACCAUAUAUAGGUUCGGUGUGGUUUACACAACAAGGAGAUUAUAUGUACGUUAAUGGAAGCGUGGCAGGACUCCCACCUGGAAAACUGUUGGGUACACAUGUUCAUCGUUAUGGAGGACUUGGAAACAUGUGUCUUGAAGCUGGUCCUCAUUUCAAUCCAUUCAACCAACGUCAUGGUCCACGUCAUGGAUACCCUAGACACGCUGGAGAUUUGGGAAACAUUAGAGUGGGACGAAAUGGUGUAGCAAUAUUUGAUUUCUAUGUUACUGUAAAAGGUCUAGGACCAUUUGAUGGAUUUAUUGGUCGGGCACUUGUUAUACAUACAAAUAGGGAUGAUCUUGGAAGAAAUCGAGACGAAGGUAGUAGAACAACGGGUAAUUCUGGUCCCAGAUAUGCAUGUGCUACAAUAGGAUUUCGUGCACAAUGAAAUGAUUUUUGUUGGAUGUACCACAUAAUAAAAAUCAGAUAAUAAAUUCAUACUGAGAGUUC